GGGCAGGUACGCGGGUGGGGACGGAGGGAGUUGCUAUGACAACGGCGGAGGCAAUUUUCCGGGAUGCUGUGGGUAGAAGCGGAGGGGCUCAAAACGUCCUGCAAGGAGCCUCGGUCCCCGGGGGAAGUUCUGAGACUCCUUCCAGAUGUCCCUGAUUUGAAGUUACUCUGCUACUGAGAUGCUACCUUCCAAGAAGCAGCAGCAGCAGCAUCCCUGGAGAUCUACUGAGGAAAAAGGGAGGCCUCAGUCAGCAGCAGUGAACUGGAACGUGUUAGCAGAGAGGACGCAGCGUGUGGUGGCUGUUGGGGCUUGGGUGGAGAGUGCCCAAGAUGAUGCAGAGCAAAACGAGAACACAGUUUUUGCUGCAGCAGCUCAAAUUGAAGAAGCAUACAAAGAACAAAGAAAAGAAAAAGAGAGGCUUCUGAAACGCUUUCAAGAGGAGGUGAAGCACAGGGUGAACCAGCACAUCAAGAUGAGGAGAAAACACCAGCUUCAGAAGUCCUAUGAAGCAGCUCUUAAAGAAAGCUCUGUUGUGAUAGGGUUUUCAGAUUCUGCAUUACAAUUGACCCCCAAGAAAAGCACGUGUCUGUACAGACAUAACACCGAUUCUGCUAUCUGUAGUUCUGGUAAUAAAAUCAACUCUGUUCAGCAGCCUGAUUACGAGGCGGACUUGGAAGAAAAGGUGCUAGAUGUUCAGUUUUCAGAGCAUGCUAAAACUGUAAGAAAAACUGUGCAACAGGUCCGUCGCAGGCUGGCUUCCCGGAAAUCUGUGUCAGAAAGUGAUCCUGCUCCAGAACUUCCAGGAGGUGCUUGGGAGAGCCGUCCAAGCAUACAGAAGCCAGCAUCUCCCAAGACAAUUCCAGGCAAUGCAGAAGAGGGUGACAGGGACGAGUUUCUUCUUGUGGGACACCACGACCUUCCAGCUGAACUUCGAGAGCAGGAACAAGGACAGCGGAACAAAGACUCAUACUAUACAGUAGAGAAUGUUAAUAAUGAGAUACUGAAAAGUACCUAUCCCACAGUUGGCAAUGAACCUCGAGAUGCCAUGGUACUCUGGUCUGGAACAGAGAAAGAAGAAUCAAAGAAGCAGCGCCAAGGCCAGUACCUGAGAUACAGGCGCCUCUUCAUGGAUAUUGAAAGAGAACAAGUAAAGGAGCAGCAAAGGCAGAAGGAGUGGCAGAGGAAAAUGGAGAAAAUAAAGAAGGAAAAAGAACUUCGACGCCAUGCAGAGGAACAGAGGAUGCAGGAGAAGCAAAGGGUGCAAGAGAGGCACUAUGACAAUGAACCGAGGAUACAGGAGACAUACCAGGCAGGGGAACUGAAGAUACAAGAGAGGGCCUCCCAAGGAGAUGCUAAUGCCAAAGGGAAAGCUUAUGAAAAACUGGAACAUCUUAAACUGGGAGAUAUGCUGGAGAAGAAAAAGGUAGCGGAAAGGCAACAGAGAAAUAAAGAAUAUUCUAGAUAUGUAGAAGCAUUACGAGCCCAGAUGCGAGAGAAGAUCAAAAAGUAUAAUAUCAGCUUGCCUCUGCUGUGCUUCUGUGGGACGGAUUUCUGGGACUCUCAUCCUGAUAGCUGCGCCAACAAUUGUGUGUUCUACAAAAAUCACAAAGCUUAUGCUCAGGCUCUGCAAUCUGUCAUCUCAUCUUGCAAUGUUUUUGAUGGGGGUUCAAACACAAGACUUGCUGUUCAUACAUUUGCUACCGUACAUGCUCGUGCUAAGAAUUCCUGAAAGAGGACUUCGGAAUUGGUUCCACCCAACGCCCUGGCAGUUUAGUCAAGUUGUCUGCAAGUAGGUGUUUGGCAUGCAAGUCUUGUUGCCUCCUGGAGUGUGGCCCAGGUCCGAAUAAAAAUAAAUUGGAAAGGAGUUCUGCCCCAAGGUACUUCCUUUCCAUUCUUGUGCCAAUACUGGGUGUUUAUCUCAUCCUACAAGUUACUAAUAUGUCAAACACUAAAACCUCAUGCAUGGAACCUAUAAUGCGUGGAAAGAGGACUUGGAUCAGCCAAACCCAGACCUGUAUACGUACUUCUGCAUACAAGCAUAUGCAAGGGUAACUUAUUGCACUCCAUGGUUCAAGCUUUGCUUUUGAUGCUGAGUGAGAGGCUCUAAGGAGCAGCUGUAUCUAUUUUCUGUCCAUUUUACAAGCCUCUUCUUUCUUGCUUUUUUUUUAUAUAUAAAGAAAAACUCCUCCAGGCUUUCAGAAUGCAUAUUGUGAAACUGCAAUAUGCAGAAAGUUUCCAAAAGAAGGUGAUCAUUCCCAAAGGAUACUUGGUGCUGAUAACGAUGAUGCUUAGCGGUGUUUAGAUCUGAUGAAUAAAGAAUUUCUGUAAAUGUAAA